UACACAUAUACACAAUCAACUUCAGCAAGCAUGUCGCCUCUAGGGUCCAGUGUCAGUUUGGAUUUAAAUGUAGUUCCCUUCAAAAUGAGAAAGCGGCUUGAUAGCCGGAUUCAUGAGGUGAACAGGAUGAAGAGCAGAUAUCCUUCAAAAAUUCCGGUCAUUGUCGAAAGAAAUCACAGAGAGAAGCUCUUGCCUAAUCUGGAAAAGAUCAAAUACCUGGUGCCCCCAGAAGUCACCCUUGGGCAGUUUGUCAGUAUGAUCAGGACCAGACUUUCCAUGCCUCAGUCACACUCUCUGUGCAUGCUACUCAACGGGAAACAAAUGACAAGCCUUACGCUCACCAUGUCCGAGCUAUACACAGAAUACCACGACCACGAUGGAUUUUUGUAUAUGACAUAUAUGUUGCAGGAUGUGUUUGGCUGAGAAGUCAUGGGGGCAAGACGGGUUAUUGCUCUGUAAUGAUUUCAACACAAAGAGUAUUAUUGUGCUUUCUGGGUGAAACAGAAACCGCCAGAGAAUGCCAAUAGGAGGAAUCUGUCACCCUACAGAAAGAGUAACAAACAGCGGUGAAAUUUAAUUAAGUUGUCGAGAGGUGUAAGGAAAGCCUAUGUGUAAUAUGUAUAUAAUCUAUAAUUAAUUGUUUUAUCAGGAUAGCAGAUGGUAAUCUUUUAUAUAUAUGUAAGAAGUUAAAG